AUGAAUGAAGCUGUAGAUAUUGUUAAACGUGUUGCCAAAUCCGUACUCAACUCUGGAAAAAAUAUUACAAUGGACAACUGGUUCAAUACCAUUUCCCUUAUUAAAGACUUAAGUAAUAACCAUAAAAUUACAAUAGUUGAUACAUUACGAAAAAAUAAGCGUAAGUUACCUUUAGAAUUUAUCAAUAUUAAGAACAGAAUAGUCUACAGCAGUUUAUUUGGCUUUCACGAUGUGUUAACGGUUGUAUCCUAUGUGCCAAAAGCGGAUAAAAAUGUUCUUAUGGGUUCAUCAAUGCAUUUGAAAGAUGAGAUUAAUAAAAACUGUGCCAAAAAGAAGCCAGGGAUUAUUAAUUUUUAUAAUCUUAUCAAGGAUGGUGUUGAUGUGGCUGACAAACUUAAAUCAGCCUAUCGUGUGUCAAGAUGA